AUGUCCAAAUUACUUGAAGAUGACGAGCCCAAAAGCGCCUCCUGUGACUAUGAUCAACCUCCCCAAUACAAUUCUUGCCAGCAAAGACCAGAUUUGCUCACCUCCGUCGUCGAGAACGAGAUGGCCUAUCGCGAAAAUACACGAAAUUUGACAGAAUGGAACAAACAUUUGAUUGAUUGGUCCAAUAAUGCGCAACAAAUGAAGCGUGGUGAUGCUCAUCGUCACAAUAAGAGAAAGUCGCCUGACCCGGACUUAGCAGAAUCUGAGCUACGUGAAAUGGCUGGUAUAUUGAGAAAAGUAGAGCAGUCGCUUCAAGAGCGCGCCGAUCUCUUGAAGGAGCGAUCUAAUGAAAACUCUGGGCUUUACACCGCUAUGUCAAGUCUCUCCCCAGACGAGUUUGAACGGACAUAUGCUUCAGUGAAGCGAGACGGGUUUCAACAGGCCAGAACCGGGGUGUUCUCUAACAUUGCUUCUAUGGAGCGACGCAAAGGCCUCUGGGCAAAGUUGUGGAGCCUCUGUGCUCGCCCUGGACGGAAAAGAGCAGACCUUGAGGUUGAAUAA